AUGCGGUGGCUCCAGACGACAAAUACAGUCGGAAUCUUACUGGAAGACUUGACGAGAUUUGAUAUGCAUACCUUCUUACGAAAGAGAUUCCGCGAACUGUUGUUUAAUGGCCAAGUUUCUUUGGAGUUCUAUGAUCGUUUGCGUCAACAGCUUGUCGAUAAAGCGCAAGGUGUUUUUCUAUGGCUUCAUCUCGCCACACGAAGCAUCAUAGAGGGGAUCCAGAAUAAUGAUUCGGAGAAUAUGCUUUCUAUACGACUCCAUGAGCUUCCUAGAGACCUUGAGAAGCUCUACAUAGAUAUGUGGCAAAGAUCUAACGCAGAAAGCAAUGUCUAUCAAGAGACAGCACGCAAAUUCUUUCAUUACGCUAUGGGGUACUCAGAAGGCUACGUCCUGACUGAUCCCAGUUGGGAUAUAGCUUCAUUUCUACCUCUGACGCUUCAGAUUGCCUGCGCCGAUGAUCCUGCAAUACAAAAGACCCUUUUUACCGGCACGGGUACCAUCGGAAUGACGGAGAUGAUGCGAAUGUGCGAUGACUUAAAAGCUUCGAUACACACUCGGUGUGCAGGAAUGCUUGAAGUACAGACGCAGGAGCUUGACAAAAACACUUCUGAAAUGUUGGGAUGUAAGAAAACUGCUGUAACCAAGGCACUUGGCAGGGUAUCAUUCAUUCAUCGAACAGCGCAUGACUUUCUGACGGACACAGAAGCUGGCCACAGUAUUCUAGGACGCGAACCGUUGUCCGCCUUUUCCUAUCAAACACAGCUUCUAAAAGGUCUUAUCUGCGUAUUGAUAGGUCUGACAUCUGAAUGGGACCUGCCGUGGGAUAGCUAUACUAUUAUCGAGUGUAUCGCUAAUUUUGCAACACGCUGGGGAAUCGAAGGUUUUCAAGUGGCUACCCAGAUGCUCGACGUCAUUCAGCCAUUGUUUGACAAGCAUUUCGCAAGAAACAGCUCACAUUCGUGGAGAAAUCCACCCCUUUUCUUGACUGCUUUGAUUACUCAUCAUGAAAUAUUUGAUGAUUAUGUUAUCUCAUGUCUUGCAAAUGAUACCUCUCCUGAUCUUGCCACCAAUAUCAUGCGAGAGGGAUGGUGUUCGGAACCUCGUCCGAAACUCUGCAAGAGAAUCUUUGCAAAAUUGAUGGAUCUUGGAGCAGAUCCACACAGAUAUGGUAUACUUCUGAGUUGUUUCGUUCCAGAGCCAUUUGUUAGGAAGAAAACAGCAUUUACAAACCUUCUGACGUAUCACUUCUCUUUAUUGCAACAUAAUAGUAUUUAUGAAGAGGUGGCGGUAGCUCGGCCGAGGUUGGAAGAGUUCCAUCUGGAGCUUCCAUAUGAAACUUUAGAAAUGGCUAUCCAAAUGGCGAAGACUUGCCAGGACCCAAAUGCAGCUGUCGCAUUCUUCGCCUCCUUUGCUGACAAUGGGACUAUGCGGUUAUUGGCAACUGAAGUGGUAACCUGGGAACUCAGCCAACUCAAUCACAAGUCCUUAUUUGUGGUUUAUGAGAUCAACAUACAGUUCUUGCUACUGUAUCUGCUCUCUAAGAUUGGGGAUAAUGUACCCGAGAGUGUGUCGAAACAUCCUGAAGCUCAGGAUGUGGUGUCAAAAUUUGACAGUCCUUCAAUCAAAGUAAGAUACUUCAUGAGACCAAGACUAACAGAAGAUGGUCCGAAGAAAGACAUUGCACCUCGACGGAAGUUCGAGCGCGUCAUAUCAAGGGCAGCGUCUCUUUCGAGCAUCGAGAUCAAGCGUCUUUUUGACAUGAAAUAUAGUGACCAAUGUCGAGAGUCUUGCAAAACAAAUGAAGCUCAAAGACAUUCCGAUGUUAUAACCCAAUUCAUCAAUGAUUUGGAGACCGAAGAGGUCGAUGUCGAAGACAUGAUGGUAACUUUAGCUAGUGAGAACCUGGGCUUGGGUACAUAUGAGGAAGCGGGCAUGAUCCCUAGUUUGAAGUUUUUGAGAGGUUCAGAAGAAAUGACUAGACUGGCAUGGACAUUAUUUCCUUUGUCAAUGCGACGGCUUGAAGUCGCAGCAGCUGCCAAGGAAGCAAUGAAAGGGCAAGUGUGA